AUAGUUCCCGUCUUCUGCAGGACUAUAAAGUCAUCCUAUAGUUUUAUGUGGGAUGAUGUUGGCCAUAAGGAAUGGUCAUACGAUGUGCAUUAAAAUAACUUUAAGUGAUCAGUGAUCAUUUCCUGCUUCCUUUCAUUAGUCCUUUGUGUAGAAGAUGACAAACAUGCAGGUGAAAUAAACAGGCCUGAGGAGAAAGGGAAAGUUUUUGUAUGUUGUGUUACUGGUGCAGGUGCUCUGUUAUGUAUCUUGUUGUGUUUUUUAGUGCCAGCAUGUUAUUCAUGCAUUAAGGCACAUUCUGGCUUUGACCAGGAGAGCAACACCUUACCGUCACAAACACAGUACUCUACUAAAUGAAUGACCAGAAGUGGAGUGAACCACACAUCUCAUUUUACACUCAAACACCCCUCUGCCCCUCUCCCCCUUCUUCUCCCCCUACAGGGCUUCACUUCGUCCAGAGCCCCACCAACGUGACCUCCUCCCUGGGGAAGCGGGUGAGGCUGCAUUGCAACCUGCAGGGGCAGGGAGGGGAGGACAGCCCCCCGGACGUGGUCUGGUUUCAGGAGGACGUCAUGCUGGAGAUGGCCGACACCAAUCAGAUCCAGCUCCACGUGGACGAAGACACCUGGGUGGUCAUCAGCACACUCACUAUUGAGGAGGUGCAGCUCGUAGACAUGGGAGCGUACCGCUGUGCUGUUGUGGAUGGAGAGAAGGUCACACUGUCUUAUAAGGGACACAUUCAGCUUGAAGGCCUCCCUCAUUUCUCCGUGGAGCCCCUGCCCAUGUCGGUGGUGGCCAACGUGAGUGUGUCUCUGCUGUGUGUGGCCCACGGCCCCCCCCGAGCCCGUCCACAUCAUCUGGCUCCAGGACGGAGCCCCCCUCAACAGUCUGGACGACCCCAUGUCCAGAUCUCCCUCCUACCUCAACCUCACCGGUGAGGCAUUUUUCAGCUGUUUUUUGGCACAGGGAUGAUAUGUUUAACAGGUGUCUGUACUAUUUAAUGUAAGUACAUGUAGAUGUCCAAACUCCGAUUCUACCUUAAUCUCUCUGGUAGACUGCAUUUCGACUCUUGUUAGUUAAUGUGGUAAAGCACUACCAACUGCGAUAUGCAUACAUAAGCUUUUAUAAGCUUGUUCCAGAUGAUGUCCAUUAUCACGAUGGCUGCUUGGGUCUGCUGUGAGGCCAACUUGACAUGCUGCUCACAUUAAGUUAAUUGACCAGAAGCUAUUUUGUGACUCUUUCUUGCUUGAAAUGAUAUAGUUAAGACUAUUGCCAGAUGUAAGACGGACAGAAUGCUGGCUUUUCUGAAAUUGCACCAAUUUGCCCUCAGGCUGCUUCAGGCCAAACUGAUAUACUUGACUUGACUUGCAAGCCAAUAUGUGGCUUAAGGACGGGUGGUGAUUGGUGCUCAAUAUGGAGGAGAAUUGGGAUUUCACUCUUUGAUACAUUGAAGCAGUUAUUUUUUUAUUUAAAACCAUAGUGUCUGACAACAGUGCCUGGUGUUUUAAGAACUUCCCGAGUCAUCACAGUAAAUAUUUAUUUGAAUUAUUCUUUUGGGUCACACUUUUUGAACACCCAACGCUGUUUCUGUAAGAGUUAACCACAGUUAUCAUGGUUAGUUUCAUAAAAGUACUCGGUGUGACUCAAAGGAAACAAAUUUCCGAAUAAAAUCCUUGGUAUCUUUUCCAGAGUUCCAAGCACUUGCUAUUCCAUCCCUACGCCAUCCCCACCCCAC